AUGAUGUCCUCCUCCUCCUCGUCGUCGUCUUCUUCUUCGAUGGAGAAGCAUAAGCAGGAGAGAGCCGUACCGUGGGUGGAAAAAUAUCGGCCCGCUCGAGUAGAGGAGCUUGCUCAUCAACCGGAAGUAGUGGGAGCGUUGAAGGAAGCUGUGGGGACUGGAAAUCUGCCACAUCUGCUCUUCUACGGCCCUCCUGGCAACGGCAAGACGUCGGCAAUUCUCGCAUUGGCUCGAGAGCUCUUCGGUCCUGAGCUGUGGCGUGAUAGAGUCCUCGAGCUGAAUGCAUCGGAUGAACGGGGAAUCGACGUGAUUCGAGAUAAAGUGAAGAAAUUCGCUCAGAUUUCUGUUCGCGCAGUUGCCCCCGGGUCGGGAAAGAGCGCUCCACCGUUCAAGAUCAUCGUACUUGACGAGGCGGAUUCCAUGACUAAAGAUGCACAAGCGGCCCUGAGGAGAAUCAUCGAGAACUACACACAAGUGACUCGAUUCUGUAUCAUCUGCAACUAUGUGUCAAGGAUCAUCGAACCACUGCAAUCUCGAUGUGCCAAGUUCCGAUUCGAACCACUUUCGGAUGAAUCCCAAAGAGGCCGAUUGGAAUACAUCGCGAAUUGCGAAGGAGUGAAAAUGGCCAACGGUGCUAUGGAGGCGCUUCUGGGCACUUCUAACGGGGAUCUCAGAUCUGCUAUCAACACACUGCAAAUGGUAUCUUCAUGCCUGUCUGAUGACGAAGCUAUUACUGUUGAAGAGAUUUUAGAAGCUAGUGGGUUCGCUGACUCAUCCUAUGGUCAGUAUUGCCAAACCCAGACCUCGGCUGUCGGAAAGCAAAAAUCAACCUGA